CUUCUUUGAAGCUUCCCGGAAGAAGAAAGAGAGGGCGCUCUUUCGUCCGUUCCAUCUCACGCGGAUAUUUGAUCCGACCCUCUUUUAUCUACUCCUCCAUCUUGCGUUCCUUCUCUCGUCUUCCUCCGAUGCUCGCAAAGGUUUAGGAUUCAGAAGAGGAUCGCCUCGGUCUCUGGGGUUCUGCUGAACUUUAUGGAAGCUGCUGAAGUUUAAUUUCUUGAAAAAAUGGUGGAUCUUUCGGUUCCAGAUUAGUGUUUCGAGGAAUUUGUUGGGGUUUUGGCAUUUUCGGCCCUUGGCUUGAUCGGGAUAUUGGAGGAUAGUUGACUUCACAAAUGGAUGGCCUUUUUUGGAUCUGGUAUCGUAUGUAAGGAGAAACUUGGCACCAGAGCUUUGUUUGAUGUUUUACAGCUGCCGUAUUCGUUUGUAACUUCAUAGCUUCCGUGGUUGUUUUUCUGAAGAUCUGAUCUUUAAAGGGCCUGCAGCCAUGGCCAUGAUAGACAUUCAUUUGCUGCCCCCUGGUUUUGGCUUUCAUCCAACUGAUGAAGAACUGGUUCUUCAUUAUCUGAAGGGAAAAAUUCACGGCAAGAAUCAGGAACUAUUCGAAGUCAUACCAGUGAUAGACCUAUACAAAUGGGAACCUUGGGAUUUGCCAGGAAAAACCCCUGUUCCAACGAGAGACAGCAAGUGGCAUUUCUUCAGCCCCAGGGACAGAAAGUAUCCAAAUGGUGCUCGGAAGAACAGGGCAACUGAAAAGGGUUACUGGAAGGCUACUGGCAAGGACAGGAACAUCCGCUCUGCUAAGCGUGUUGUAGGGACCAAGAAGACUCUUGUAUUCCACGAAGGACGCGCUCCGACUGGGAAACGUACUGACUGGGUCAUGCACGAGUACCAUCUUGACGAAAAGGAAUGUAACGCUCUAGCCGCUGGAGUGCAUGAAUCUUAUGUUUUGUGCCGCAUCUGUAAGAAAAAUGGCUUUGAUUUGCAAGACGAUGCUGCAGCAGAGACUGAACUUACUGGUCCAUCCCCAAAGGGAACAGAAAGUAGUUCUCUGUUCAAACCCAAAUUGGAGGAAGAGUCUGCUGGAACGAUAGGAGAGAUUACGCCUGUGGCUUCUCAUGGAGAAGGAAUGCUCGAGGAGUGCUUGAAAAGUGGUCCUUUCACUGUACCGGCUACGAGCGUAGUACAAACUCAUGAAACCCAACACUGGGUAUGCCCAUCUUGGUCUUUGGACGCAGCCGAACUGAAAGAAGGGCCUGCUAGAACAGAGGGAGAUGGGAUGCCUGCAAUUGAUGAGGGGUGGUUGGAUUUUCUCGUCGAUUAUCCUGAUCCUGUAAGCCAAAUGAUUGACGAGCAGUUGGACCCCAUCGAACCUCCGAUGUUGGAAUUUCAAUCUAGUGAAACUGAAUUCGGGGACAAUUCUCAGACUCCAAAUCCAAAGGACUUCGUUGCUGCGGCCGACCAGGAGUUUCCUGUCAGAUCUGAAUACCAAGAAGCAGAAUCUAGCAUCUAUAGCGAACUUGGAAGGCCAGAUCAGGUCGCUGCCGAAUUUCCAGAAACUGUUACCGAUGAGGAAGAGAUGAUCGCAGAACUGUACUUGGCUGCCACAGGAACGCUUCUGGAUCGUUACCAAUCGGUAUUCGAUGGUGUUUCACUAUCCGACUUGGGCGUCCCUGAAGAGCCGGCGAACAAUGAAACUGGGGUUCAAAUCCGGCGACGCCAUCGCGAGCUUCCGGAGGAAUUCAUAUCUCCAGGCCCAAGGAUCAGACUGCAGGUCCACAAGAUGGAAUCAGCUGCAACUGGAGCAGUGAAAACCUGCACUUAUGAAGAUCGAACGGCCGCUGUCCUCAGUGAGCAUGAUGAUUCAAAUUACAAACUUGGGGAGCAACUUCUUCUCAGUAAGAAAUCACCUAUUCAAACUGAAGAACUUCGCGUACCAUCUAAAUUACCAGUGAGUGGAUGCAAAUUGAGACCGAAAAAGGCAGUCACCACCCCACACUCGCAUAUGAUGAAAGAUGGCGGGAGGAUACCCCACUCAGAGGCCAAUCCAGGGUCUGUCUCAACCACUGCCAAACCCCUAUCUGCCACACCAGAAAGCUCAAAAACUGCUGGAUCAUGGUUUUUCUCUGGUUCCAUCCGGACGUGGUUAUCGCCUUCGCUGUCACGCAACAGAGAACAUGCUGCCGACACUGCCGCCGUAGAUUGCGAUCAAGCCCGUGGCGGAGCCUGCAGCUUUAUGUUCCAUCUGCGGCGAUACGUCUCGACUGGUCUGAGCUGGCUGCUGCCCGCCUUCUGCGUCGUCGGCACUUCUCUGCCGCUAGUGCUGUUGCUUCUUCGCAACAUAUGCCGUUCCAUCAAAGGGACUUCAAGUCUCAAUCUAUAGCAGCUAAAGUUUCGAGGCUCGAGCUUUAGUUGAACCUAACGUCGUUGCUUGAUUAACUCGACACUGGGGUGGCCAUUCAGUUGGCUAUGAAAAGAUAGGAGGGCUCCAUUUUCCAGUUUGCUAGGGACUAGUAGGUCGGUUUUCUCUUCCAGACGGAUUACCGUGUUCUUACCAUGCGGGUGCCAUGGAGCUUCUGCAACUGAUAUGACUUAAGGGUUUUAGGAAGAAGAGAUGCUGGUUACCUUCUGUUGUUAUAUUCCAUAGAUUCCAUACUCGAUACCGGUAGGAAGGGCUUCAUGACUGGGUAUUGCACUUGCCUAUACCAACGAGAACUCAGUGCCGACAAAGGGAGAGGGACAUUUUGAGGGUGUAUUACGUGUCUAGCUGAUUUGUAUAUGUUGUAGAAUGGUCUGUAAAAUAGUGGUCUAUCUAUUUGGUUUUUCGUCCAUUUCAUUUGCGUUAACCUUGUUAUAUUGUAGGGUCGGUUGUGCUAUGGAGCCGUUAUCUACUUCAUGUUUGUUUAUUUAUGUAAAUGGUAGGCAAGAAAAAGAAAAAAGAAAAAAAAAGGGGUCUGCCAGCUCCCCCUUAGUGUAUUUUUGUCUCGUUGGUUUUUUUGCACUUUUGUAAAUAUAUUUUGUUAUUUGCCA